ACCUUUUCUCACUGUUUCCCUGCAACUUUGCACACCAUCCAGCCAACUCACCAACCACUUCCCCCACUCCAUUGGCUAUAUCCUUCCUUUCUCUCCUUCCUUCCUUCCUUACUUCCUUCCAGAACUUCUCUCUCUUCGCUCUGUUUGAUUACUUGUGUGACUCUGAAAACCAAAAAAAACAAGUUUUUGUGGUAGUUUGAGCUCUAUUUUCUUUGGUAGAAUCAUAGCUAGUGUCAUCUAGAGUAGUCUUUUUCCUGGGUAGAACCUUUGGGAGUAUCAAGCUGAGUUUUUUCUCUUUGCAUCAUUGAAACUAAAAAAAAAAAGAAAUGCGAGUUUUGGUAGUAGUUUGAGCUGUCUUUCUUUGGUAGAUGGUUUAGGAGUAUCAGAUUGGGAUGAUUUUUCAUGGUGUGGUAGUGGAAAGGAGGAAAUACAAACAAGCUUUGGUGCUAAGGAGAUGAGCUGAGCAGGAAAGACAUGGACUUGCUGCUGUUUUGACUCUGGAUACUGCGCAUGGAUCUUGAAGGUGGAGGGGUUCGCUCUGAUGUUGUGAAGAGAGAGUCAUGGAGGACAGUGCUAACACUAGCUUACCAGAGCUUGGGGGUGGUCUAUGGAGACUUGAGCACUUCCCCUCUCUAUGUUUACAAAAGCACUUUUGCCGAAGAUAUAGAGCAUUCUGAGAGCAAUGAGGAGAUCUAUGGUGUGCUCUCCUUUGUGUUCUGGACUCUCACUCUCAUUCCUCUUCUAAAGUAUGUGUUCAUUGUGCUUCGGGCUGACGACAAUGGGGAAGGAGGGACCUUUGCUCUUUACUCUCUUCUGUGUCGGCAUGCCCGGGUUGGGUUUUUACCCAAUUGUCAACUUGCUGAUGAGGAACUCUCUGCUUACAAAAAAACUGAUGGUGGUCCUCAUCUCUCCAAUGGAGAGAUUGCUGCCACUGUCAACUCCUCGGAAGCAUCGAGUAUGAAGAAGUUGCUUGAGAAGCACCAGGUGUUGCAACGGCUUUUGCUGAUUCUCGCUUUGAUUGGAACUUGCAUGGUCAUUGGAGAUGGCAUUCUCACUCCGGCGAUUUCUGUUUUUUCAGCGGUCUCUGGACUUGAACUUUCUAUGGCUAAGGAACAUCAUAAGUGUGUUGAGGUUCCUGUUACAUGUUUCAUACUUGUUUGCUUGUUCGCUCUGCAACAUUACGGCACACAUCGGGUGGGAUUCCUUUUCGCACCAAUUGUUGUCAUGUGGCUUUUAUGCAUCAGCUUGAUUGGUGUUUAUAACAUCCUCCAUUGGAAUCCACACGUUUAUCAAGCGCUCUCCCCGUAUUACAUGUACAAGUUCUUGAGGAAGACACAAAGAGAUGGCUGGAUGUCUUUGGGAGGAAUAUUAUUGUGCAUAACAGGUUCCGAAGCAAUGUUUGCUGAUCUGGGGCAUUUCUCUCAGUUGUCGAUAAAGAUUGCUUUUACUACUAUCGUUUAUCCGUCGCUUAUUCUUGCUUACAUGGGACAAGCAGCUUAUCUCUCUCGUCAUCAUAUCAUCGAAAGUGAUUAUCGAAUUGGAUUCUAUGUCUCUGUGCCAGAACAAAUAAGGUGGCCGGUUUUGGCAAUCGCUAUACUUGCUGCUGUCGUAGGAAGCCAAGCUAUCAUUACGGGCACUUUCUCAAUCAUCAAACAAUGUUCUGCCCUGGGCUGCUUUCCUCGAGUGAAGAUAGUGCACACAUCAUCGAAGUUUCACGGGCAAAUUUACAUUCCUGAAAUCAAUUGGAUCUUGAUGAUAUUGUGCUUGGCUGUUACUAUCGGCUUCCGGGACACUAAGCGCAUGGGCAAUGCAUCAGGGUUGGCAGUAAUCACUGUCAUGCUGGUCACCACCUGCCUGAUGUCCUUAGUAAUGGUUCUUUGCUGGAACAAGAGCAUCCUUUUAGCUCUAUGUUUUAUCCUAUUUUUUGGUACGAUUGAGGCACUCUAUUUCUCGGCCUCUCUCAUCAAGUUCCUCGAGGGAGCUUGGGUCCCAAUAGCACUAGCUUUCAUCUUCAUGAUCAUCAUGUAUGUCUGGCAUUAUGGCACACUCAAGAAAUACGAAUUCGAUGUCCAAAACAAGGUCUCAAUCAACUGGCUCCUCGGCCUCGGCCCCACCCUUGGCAUCGUCCGCGUCCAUGGCAUUGGUCUUAUACACACCGAGCUUGUUUCAGGAAUACCUGCCAUCUUCUCCCACUUUGUGACCAACCUUCCCGCCUUCCACCAGGUACUCGUUUUCCUCUGCAUCAAGUCUGUGCCAGUGCCGUAUGUGCACCCGGGGGAACGGUUUCUUGUAGGCCGCAUCGGCCCCAAAGAGUUCCGGCUCUAUCGUUGCAUUGUUCGAUACGGGUACCGUGACGUGCACAAGGAUGAUUUAGAGUUCGAGAAAGACCUUGUGUGUAGCAUCGCGGAGUUCAUUCGUACUGAAACCAGCACUUCAUUAGAAGAACCGGAGAAGGAUGACGAAAGAAUGGCAGUGGUAGGAGAAGGAUUUCGGUUAUGUGAGGAAAACGGCAUUCCUGACGACGAAGCUGGCCCGUCCAAUUCAAGGGAAAUUCGGUCACCGGUUAUAGUAUCACGGAAGAAGAAAGUGAGGUUUGUAUUACCAGAAAGCCCGGAGAUAAACAUCGCGGUGCGAGAAGAGCUCCAAGAGCUGAUGGAAGCACGGGAAGCCGGCAUGGCCUUCAUUCUCGGUCAUUCGCACAUGCGAGCUAAGAGUGGUUCGAGCUUACUGAAACGGCUCGUUAUCGAUGUUGCUUAUGAUUUUUUACGAAGAAAUUGUCGAGGCCCGGAUUAUGCAGUGAGCAUUCCUCAUGCCUCAACUCUUGAAGUAGGAAUGAUCUACCAUGUCUGAGCUUGUUUUGGACUUUUGUUUUUCUUCUAGUUUGAUUAUCAAUCACUUUGUACACAUCUUUUGUUGUGCAUAUCUUUGAUCAAUGAUAAAUAGAGCUUCAUAGCAGUGUAUUUU